AUGGGCAUCAUCGGGUACGUCGUACUUGAGAGUUCAAUGGAGAAGGCGUCUCUAACGAACCUCAGUUUAUGGGACGAAGUGGACCGUAUCACGACUUCUGCCAGGACCACACUCGCGCAAGAGAGCGCCAAAUGCAUGAUUGAGAAUGGACGCCCACUGCGACUCGCCGUAGAUGCCUCGAUACUGCUGUUCAAGGUGAAACAUGCCACGGAGGCGGCAUGGAGAACUUCGCACUUUGGUAUGCUCGGCCGCAGGAUGGUUUGGUGAAGCACUGACACUUCAAUAGAUGGUAUGAACCACGCAGCGAAGGCCUUCAUCAACAAUGCGAAGGACAUUAUGCUCGAAGGCGUUGAGCCCGUCUAUGUAUUUGACGGCCCCGGACGACCUCCGAUCAAGCGCGGCCAUCGAACCGUGACUCGGGAAGCGAAGAUGCUUCCCUUCUCCACGCCUGUCACCCGCAACGACAUCGAGAAGUCAUUCGAGAUCGGCCAUGUGAUUGCUUUGGGAAGACGUCUCCUCAAUAUCAUGGAGAUUCCUAUUCACGAUGCGCCUGGCGAAGCUGAAGCGGAAUGCGUGGCUUUGGAGAGGGCUGGUAUCGUUGAUGGGGUCCUUACAACCGACGGCGAUGCGCUCGCUUUUGGAGGCCGCAUCGUUUUGCGGUACAGAGGCAAGGUCGGCGACAAAGACUUGCGCAAGGUGGACGCCCACCAAUUGGAAGACUUGGAGCGUAAUGUUAUGGACUGGAUACUGCUUGGAUGGCUCUCUAAAGGCGACUACACUGAUGGCCUCGCCGGAUGCGGCGCAAAGACAGCACUUGUUAUCGCCAAAGAGAUUAAGGCAGCGAGACCACAACUCUGUCCAAUGCUCCUCGGUAUUGCAACUUCGACGAAAGAACAUGCUCAAAUCGACGGCAUGAUGAAAGGAUUACGAAAUAGCCUCACUGAUGCCAUCUUGAGCACUUGUAAAGGUGCCGGCGGCAAACGUGAAACCGAUUUCCCAAGCGCAAAGAUUCUAGGAUACUAUGUUCGCCCUCUCGUAUCCUCUAUCGCGACUCUAGACGAGAUGAAAAGGACAUUCUGGAAAGCAAAGGCGAUCGACUACCCUGUCCUUCGGCAGGCGACUGCUGAGCAUUUCACUUGGUACAACCAAGAUCGCGCUCGGCAGUUUCUCCGCAACUUUGCACCCGCUUGCCUUGCUCGGGACCUGCUAUUAUACGGGCACCAGAGCAUGGACAGAUCUGAUCUAAUUCAAGAAGCCAAGCCCAAGAAGCAAAAGGCCGGUUCGGCGUCAUACAUCAAGGUACAGUUCAACGCCCUAGACGUUGUGCCGAUCGAUUAUGACAAUGAAAUCUUCGAUCCACAAGGCUGGUACGACGUCAAGAAUAAUCAGGAUCCGCAUAAGCCGUACACGACGGAGCUUCCUGAGUUUCUUGUCCGAUGGGGAGCGCCAUCGGCCCUGGAGACCUCAUGCAACGCUUCUGCAAGCAAGAAACGGAAGUCUUCUGCUACAUCAAACGAGAAGGCCUCGAAGAAGCAAAAGAGUGAUCCCGUGCGCCAGCCUCUCGUCGCUGGUACCAACGCUUCCAACAGCAACCGGUCGAUGUCAGUGCCGAACCCGUCGGCACCAGCGACCAAGUCGUCAAUCAGUUCCAGGUUUCCACCGAGUGUCAGCCAGCCCAAGGAUGUGAUAGAUUUGACUUGA